ACGAAGCGAGUAAGACGUGUUUGUUGGUUGGUGGUUAACACUUUAACACUUUUAUUGUGAACACUGUGCUGUACGCCAAAGCGCCAACAUAACAACAACAACUUCGCAACGAACAAACAAGCAACCAUAAAGUGCAUACGUACGUGCGCGCGUGUAUGGGUGUGUUUUGUAUGCGUAAAGUUCGCGGACUUGUAAAAGUUGAACAGUGCCAAAAAAUUAAGAACACAACAAUAACAACAAAGAAUAAACACAAAACCAUUUAAAGACGUUUUAAGUGCUUCUAGUUAAUUAUAUAAAAAAAAAUCCGAGUGCAUAAAUAGGAAGAUUGGUGAAAAAUUGUUUCGAAUUGUAUUUUUCGAAAAAAAUAAAUUGUAACCAAAACAAAACAAAACCUACUAAGAAACAACUUUUUGAAUUCAAAAUUAAAAACGUGACAUUAUUUCACAACUGCACGCAAAUGUAACAAACAACUUGCCAUGAAGCGCGAAAGUUGAUGAAAAUUUUACAUAAGAAUUUGAAAAGGUGAAAGGUACGUACAUAAAAACAAUCCCGCAUUACCGAAAAACUAAAACAAAACAACAACAGUCAGCAUACAUAUUUCCAUAACGACACUUUUGCGCGCACAAACCUGCCCGUGUGCAAGAUCAUACGUGCCUACCCUUAACAGCGCUAAUCUCCAACACCCACCCACCCACUCUGAUUGCUGCGCAGCGCAACGUCGUCGUUUAGCGUCGUGUGAGUACGUGUGUGUGUGUGUGCAGCAGGUGUGUGCGCAUCGCGCACAAACAGCAUAACAGCAAGCACAAAAAAACAACAACAUUUGACACAACAAAAGAUAAAGCGCGAAAAAACUUCAAAGUGCAACGAAAACAAUUUUUAAAAAGACAGCCAAAGCCAAAAACAAACAAAUAGCAAAAAACUCUGAGCCGCAAAAGGCAAAAAGUAAAAUAAAAACAUAUAUUAAAUCACAAAAUAAAAUUAUGGCUGUUGUCUUUUAUAUGCCCGAGGCGGGAGCCGAUGACUCUGCAUCGAGUGGCGGUCACGGCAGUGCGGGCAGCGGCAGCGCCGCCUCAUCGACAUCACAAUCGCCAAAUACGACCACAUCGGCCACACAAACGCCCAUGCAGAGUCCGCUGUUGACGAGUCCGCACAUUGUGAUGGCCCUCUGCGAGGCGGUCUAUCAAUCGUGGAACACUCAACGGAUGUUACUCAAGCAUCACAUUUGCGUCCAAUGCAGAGGUAUUGAAAAAUGUAUGUCGCAGAGAAAUUCAGAACUUUUACCAUAUACGCCAGCCUUCCAAUAUCCACCUCCAGCCAGUCCAUGCUGCCAUGUGCACAGCCCCUCGCCAUUUACCGCAGGCAGUGCCGGCGGCGGCGGUGGCGAAGUAUUCUUUCCACACAACCGCAGCACACCACGUACCCCACGCACCAGUGUUAGUUUCGCGGCCGGUGAGGAAACCGCAUUCUUCCGCCAUCACAAUAUCAGUGGCGGUUGCAGUAGCAGCGCCCCACACCUGCAGCCACCACAAUCGGCACCACCAAUGCCACCCAGUAGUCAUGCCAGUGCGCAUAGUCAAACAGCGCCACAACAAUACCAGCAAUAUUCAUAUCCACACUAUCAGUAUACACCACCACCGACGCCGCUUACAGCCAAUGCCAGCACCAGCACAAGCACCUGCACCGGCACCGGCAAUAUGUUCGGUUCAACGGAGGCGACAACGCAUCAGCGCACUUGUGUAGCGUCGACGUCAACAUCGACGCCGUCCUGUAGUUCGAAGGGACAUGCGCGAUUGCAUCGCAGCUUCUCAGAUGCACAGAAGCGCUCGCGUCGCACAUCAACCGCAAAUGAUGAUGAACGCGAGUGUCAUAGUGAGCAUGAAACCAGCUGGGAUGAGUUCGAUGAUCGUUAUGAAAAUUUUACAGCAGGCCGUGAACGUUUACAGGAAUUCAAUGGGCGAAUACCGCCGCGUAAGAAGAAAAAGGAUGUGCCAAAAUCGAAGUCAGAAAAGAAGCAAUUCAAAUCCUUCAUCUGGCCAACUGUCGUCACAGUAAUCGUUGUAGCAAUGGGUUGUGGCUUCCUUGUGGCGCGAUGAGUGCCCAAAAUGUGAAGCAGCCGCAGCAUCAGCGUCAGCCGCAAUACUUACUUACAAUUAGAAUGAAAAAGCAGCAGAAAAGCAAUGCAUACAAAAAUAAUUAUUUACAAUGAAAAAAUA